AUGGACGCAAAUCCCAGUCGUCAGCACGAGCAGGGUACUCGUCCAAAGAAGGGACGGAUGGAGGAAAGGAGAGAUCGAGAAAGUAAGAAGCCAGGCCCUCCAGUACGGAACCAGCAGUAUACCCCUUUAAACGCCCCACUUGAGCAAGUCCUUAUGCAAAUCAAGGAUGAUCCUUCCCUGAAGUGGCCGGAGAAAAUGAAGGGUGAUCCCAACAAGCGCAACAGGAACAAGUACUGUCGUUUCCAUAGGGAUCAUGGCCAUGACACGGACAAGUGCUUUGACUUGAAGCAACAAAUUGAAAAUCUCAUAAGGCAAGGGAAGCUGAGGGGUUUCCUUAGACGAGACCAAAGGGACGAGAAACAGAAGGGAAAGAUGGAAGAUUCAUCGCGACCACCACUCGGGGAGAUAAGAGUCAUCAUUGGGGGAAGUACAACUGGCCAGUCGUCCAAGUCCAAGAAAACUUACUUGAAGGUAGUACAAAGCGUCCAGCUUUCUGGACGAUCACCAAUAGCAAGAUCUACGGACGAGCGGGCAAUUACUUUCACGGACGAGGACGCUGAUAGAAUUCAUCACCCUCAUGAUGAUGCCCUCGUCAUCUCCUUAUUAAUUGCAAACUACACAACCAGAAGAGUGCUUGUGGACAAUGGAAGCUCAGCAGACAUUUUAUAUUAUCCAGCUUUUCAGCAGAUGAGAUUAGGACGAGACCAGCUCCGUCCAGUGAACUCCCCCCUAGUAGGCUUUGGUGGGAUGAAGGUGCAACCAGUGGGUACCAUUUCCUUAUCCGUGGUAGUGGGGGCAUAUCCACGACAGAUUACCAAGGAUGUGAACUUCCUUGUGGUAGACUGUCCAUCCUCUUACAAUGCCAUCAUUGGGAGGCCAACUUUGAAUAGUUGGAAAGCUGUUACCUCUACUUACCACUUAUCAAUCAAGUUUCCAACAGAACACGGGGUAGGACAGGUACAAGGUGACCAACUGGCAGCAAGAGAGUGUUACUUGGCCAUGUUGGCCAUGGAUGAACAAGUUCAAGCAAUGAACAUUGAAGAAAAGAGGGUUGUAGCAGAACCUACUGAAGCAUUGAAAGAUAUUCCUUUGGAUGAAGAUAACCCUGAGAGGUGUACCAGGGUUGGAGCAGAUUUAGAAGAGAAGAUUAAGACGGACCUCGUCCAAUUUUUGAAGAACAACAUCGACGUGUUUGCGUGGAGUCACGAGGAUAUGCCGGGGGCGACAUAUCAGAGGUUGGUCAACCACAUGUUCCGUCCGCAGAUUUGGCGGAAUGUGGAAGUCUAUGUAGAUGACAUGCUGGAGAAAAGUCAGGAUGAAGGAAGACAUCUAGACGACCUGCAGGAGACAUUUGAGACAUUGAGGCGGGGAAUUAAAGCAAAUCCAGAUAAAAUUCAAGCAAUACUGGACAUGAAGCCACCGCAAAAUACCAAGGAAAUCCAAUCCCUCACUGGACGAGUCGCUGCGCUUAACAGGGCACCGCUGCUAAGUCCAUCAGUGGAAGGAGAAGAACUAUAUUUGUACCUAGCGGUAACCCCAUAUGCUGUGAGCUCGGCAUUGAUAAGAGAGGAAGAUAAAGUCCAAAGACCUGUGUAUUAUACAAGCAAGGCAUUGAAAGGAGCGGAAGGACGAUAUCCACAAAUGGAGAAGUUGGCCUUCGCACUAAUCACAGCUUCAAGGAAGCUGAGGCAUUAUUUCCAAGCACAUGUCAUUAAUGUUAUGACAGAUCAUCCUCUCAAAAAAGCAAUGAAUAGACUGGAAGUUGCAGGGCGAUUAAUCCAGUGGGCUGUGGAGCUAAGUGAAUUCGAUAUCAGAUAUCAACCAAGGCAUGCCAUAAAAGCUCAAGCCCUAGCAGAUUUUAUUGCAGAGUUUACCCCAAGUCAUAAUGAGGCAGAGGACAGCAAGAGAUGGAUCGUCCACGUGGAUGGUUCGUCUACACGGCAUGCAAGAGGAAUUGGUGUGGUCCUACAGUCCCCAGAGGGAGACAAACUGAAACAUAAAGUCCGUCUACAGUACCAAGCGACAAACAAUGAAGUCGAAUAUGAAGCCCUCCUCAAAGGGCUAGAAUUGGCGAAGUCCGUGGAAGCCAAGUCCAUAUGUGUCAUGGGGGAUUCCCAACUAAUCAUGGGCCAAGUGAAUGGGAUGUAUGAAGCGAAGGAAGGACGAAUGAAGAAAUACCUUGGUAGGGUGAUGCGCCUUGUGAAAAGGUUUGAAAAAGCUGACUUCGUUCAAAUCCCCAGGGAGGAGAACGUGGAAGCUGAUACUAUAGCAAAAGAGGCCUCAGCAGAUGAAUCAUUAGAGAAGUCAGAUGAAGUUCAGUAUAUGCCGAGUAUAGAUGCCCAGGAAGUACAGCAGGUGGAUAACAGAGAAAAUUGGAUGACUCCCAUUAUAUCAUAUUUGAAAGACGGACGACUACCAGAAGAAAAGGACGAGGCCAGAAAGGUGAGGGUGAGAUCAGCUAGAUACGUCCUUAUGAAUGAAGUGCUAUACAAGAGAGGUUUCUCUCAACCUUACCUUAGGUGCCUAGCUCCGGACGAAGCGAACUACGUGCUGAGAGAAGUUCACGAAGGGGCAUGUGGCAAUCACUCAGGAGCCAGAUCACUUGUCCACAAGGUCGUCCGUGCAGGAUAUUACUGGCCGAACAUGCAAGCUGAUGCAAAAGCAUACGUUAAAGUCUGCGACCAGUGCCAGCGAUUUAGCAAUGUCUCCAGACAACCAUCGGAAUACCUCACCCCAAUGGUAGCACCGUGGCCCUUCGCACAAUGGGGAUUGGACAUUUUGGGUCCCUUCCCUUUGGGAGUAAGGCAGAUGAAGUUUUUAGUUGUGGGCAUCGAUUACUUCACCAAAUGGAUUUGGAGUGCCGAAGGUAUUGGUGUCUGA